AUGGGAAAUGAUGGUGGAAGUAUACCAGACCGCAGAGAUUUAGUCAGGAACAAGCCAAAGGCUGAACAGGCAGAUAAAGCAAAUCAAACCCGUGCACGAUGGUUCUUCUGUGCUCUUUCGAAGCGUCCUCUGCAGGAGCCCGUUGUAUCGUGUGCUUUAGGCAAACUUUACAACAAGGACUCGAUUUUAGAGUAUCUACUCGAUAGAUCUGCGUACGGAGAUGGCGAGGAUAUAUGUGGUCAUAUUCGGUCAUUGAAAGAUGUUAAGACCCUGAGGCUGGCACACAACACAAGCAAGACAUCUGCAGGUGAUGCAGUCCCUGAUAGAGCUGCUUUUGUCUGCCCAUUAAAUAUCAAGGAAAUGAACGGCUCGCAACCGUUUGUUUAUCUGUCUACUUGCGGAUGCGUCUUCUCUCAGGCUGGACUGAAGGCUGUAUCUAGCACAGCUUCGCCAGACUCUGAGGAGGGGAAUUUGGAUAAUAGCGAGAGGAGCAAAUUAUCCGAGAGAAACCAUCAUGGGACAGAACUUGAGCUAUGCCCACAAUGCGGCGUGAAGUAUGACCGGGGGUCAGACGUCGUCAUGCUCAAUCCUUCCGUAGAGCAGGAGGAGAAGAUGCGAGAGGCUAUGGAGCUUAAACGUGCUUCAGAACCGGCAAAAGGGAAAGGGAAGAAGCGGAAAGCCCAUGUAGAUACAGUGGACAUUGAAGGGCCGGUGGCGAAGAAAACACACACGUCUCUCGUUCCAAGCACCAACCCUAGUAUGGCUGCGGCGAGCAGAGCUGUCACCAACAGUCUUGCUGAGGAGGAGGCCAAGCGUAAAGCCACGAUGAGCGACGCUGUGAAGUCGUUGUACGGGCCAAAGGGCGGGAGGAAAAAAGAAACAUUUAUGACGAUGGGGACUUUCACGAGGUAUGCGUGA